UUUCGGCAUGUUGCCUUCUUCAGUGUGCAGGUACAGUGAUUAAGACAUUCCACCUUCUUAUAAACAGGUAACAGCUGCCUUUCAUUAGGGCUGCUGGCCAAUUAUUAUGAGACAAUUAUUUAUUAAGGCUGCUAGAAAAUCAUAGUGAGACAAUAGAUAAAUUGGUAAAUUGGUUAAGAAGAGCAAUCUUGGAAUUUAAAUAUCUCUCUGUGAAUCACCCUACCAUACCUGUACUAUAUGCAUUGCCUAAGAUUCAUAAAUCCCUUGAAGAUCCUCCUUUGAGGCCUAUAGUAUCAGGCAUUGGCUCCCUUACUGAGAACAUUUCUCGGUUUGUGGACUUUCAUGUUUACCCCAUAGUUAAGCUAUUACCAUCAUACUUGAAAGACACCACAGAUUUUUUUGUGAAUUUACAAGCAUUGUCAAACAUAGAUGAAGGUGACUUUCUGGUUACGUUAGAUGUUGGUUCUCUAUACACCUCCAUACCUACGAAUCCCGGCCUGGAGGCUUUGAGAUUCUUUCUUUCCAAUCAUGAAGGUAGUGUGCCUACUGAGUUUAUUAUCAGUCUUACUCAAUUAUUUUCUCUUUGAUAAAGAUUACUACUUGCAAACACAUGGCACUGCCAUGGGGACUCCAUUAGCCUCCAACUAUGCCAGUCUGUUCAUGGGAAAAUUUGAACUUGAUUAUAUUUAUGAGAACAAUGCUUACAUAAGUUCUAUUAAAUACUGCUCAAGGUAUAUUGAUGAUUGUUUUAUGAUAUGGAACAAUUCAGAAAUUAAGCUAAUGGAAUUUGUUAAUUACAUUAAUUCAAAACUACCAUCUAUUUCCUUUUCAGUUGAGAAUAGCCCAGAAGCUAUUCACUUCUUAGAUGUCUUGGUCACUAAAAAAGGCAAUUCCCUUAGUACUACGGUAUAUAGAAAGCCCACUGACAAAAAUACAAUUUUGUCAGCUGACAGUUAUCACCCAAUACCAUUAAAGAAAGGGUUACCUGUGAGUCAGUUGCAUAGGCUUCGCCGUAUCUGUGACACUGAAGAAGAAUACGACAAACAAUCGGAGCUCCUCAUUGAGCGUUUUCGCUCAAGAGGAUACUCUGAAGUAUGGCUUAAUGACGCUAAACAAAAGGUCAAAGGUCUCAAUAGAAAUUACCUGCUAAAUAAAACACAGAGUAAGCAACAAAAGACAUUCUCUGUUAACUAUGUUCUGACUUACAAUGACUGUUCUAACAAAAUUAGAUCUAUCGUAAACAAGCACUGGCAUAUUUUGUCCUCAGACACUUCCUUAAAUCAAGCCUUUCAGAGCCCCGCUCUAUUUACUUAUAAAAGAGCAAGAAAUUUGGCUAAUAUGCUAGUAAAGUCAGACUUAGUUAAAGAGAAAAAACAAGCUUUUAUAACUGGUUGUUUCCCUUGCAGGAGCUAUGCAUCUUGUAGUAAUAUGAUGAAAGGACAUAAUUUUGUGUGUCCCCAAACAUCCAGAUCUUAUCAAAUUAAAUCUUGUAUCACUUGCAGUACAAAAGGUGUAAUCUAUAUGUUGAAGUGUCCCUGCCCCAAGGUGUAUAUAGGUAAAACUACACGUGCUUUAAAACAAGGACUUGGGGAACAUAAAUCCUCUAUAAGAAGAUGUGAUAUCACCUCACCAGUGGCAAGGCGCUUUAUAGAACAGGAACACUCUAUUAAAGACCUUCAAUGUAUGGGUAUAGAAAAGGUAAUGCCAGCCCGCAGGGGAGGUGGCUUUGAAAAAAAAACUACUCCAAAGAGAGGACUUCUGGAUAUAGACUCAAAUCUGUGUCACCAGGGGGCCUCAAUGAGGAGCUGGACCUUAUUCCUUUUCUUUAGAUUUCUGUGUAUGCCCUUUAUGCCUGCUUUUUUGUUGAUUUCGAUUUUACAGUGUAUAACCUGAAUGCAUUUGUGAUUGAGGGGCGUGACUGAGCUCACGUGUGGCCACAUGGAUUUAUGAAAGGCUUAGCCUGAUGUCUUCUAUUGUGGCCACUUGUGGAUACAUUCACCCCUCUACUAUUCUCCUUGAUUGCUCCUGUUAACCAAUUUACCAAUUUAUCUAAUUGUCUCAUAAUAAUUGGCCAGCAGCCCUAAUGAAAGGCAGCUGUUACCUGUUUAUAAGAAGGUAGAAUGUCUUAAUCAUUGUACCUGCACACUGAAGAAGGCAACACGCCAAAACGUUUGUGCCAGCACACCCCUGGAGUGAGAUCAUGAGGCCUAUAUAGGGCCAGAAGCUACUCAGGCAAAGGGGAAAGUGGUGUGGACAAAGCACUGGUAUGCUGCCGGUGGCCUGACUGUAUCUCAGGUCCAGGUCUGAGUGUGGAGUGGAGGUUCUGAAACUCAGCCCUGUCCCUCCGGCGCUGUCCAUGGGGCGGCAGGCUGGGCCGGUGAGACACAGGUGAAGUGGAGCUGAGUGGCGGCUCAUAGCAGGGAGGGGCGGGGCUCCCGAGGACCACACCACAAUACAUAUAUAUGAGCAUGUGCAUUACUUCCUGUUACAGUGAAUCUGCCUUUAGCUGUGUUAGCUUGCAGUGCUGUGGGAAGUUUGUCACAGAAAACUGAAAGGAAAUGAGCAAAUUCACUGUCCACACAUGAAAAAUGUGUGUUGUCUUUACUUUUGGUGGUGGCAAAACAUCCUACAGCACUGAAAACUAACUCACUGUCCACUCUGAAAGGUGGCAGCUGCACGUCUAGUGUGGGAUGGGAGGGUUAAGCCCAGAGAAAAGAUCAUAGAAAAGGUAGAUGAGCCCAUUGCCCCAAUUCAGAGAACUUACAGUAUAGGAAAAGGGCCCAUUUGGGUCAGAAUUACAUCUAUAGAACUGUCAGAGUUCAGU